AUGAGCCUGCCCCUCUGAGCAGCAGUCAGUUACAUGUUUACUUGCUUUGUCAGCGGUGUCCCCGCAGCAAAUCUUUCGUGUACCUCACCUGCUGCUGAUCAAAACCUUGGACUUUUAUCUCUGACUUAUCACAUCAUCAGGUCUCCUUAUCAGCAGUUUCCUCUCCCGCAGCGUUUUAUUUCGCCAGCCUCUGGUGGACCUUGAGCGGGGGCACAUCGGGUUCACAGGCUUUUUUUUUUUUAGCUAGCAAGGAAAGAUGACGUUAAAAUCCAAUAAAAACGAACCUGCUGUCAUACUGGAGUCUGUCAGCAGCGUCCGGACAGCCCUCUCCGAUCUGUACCUGGAGCAGCUUCUUCAAAAUAAACCAAAGUCUGACAAGGCAGCUAUGCAAACCUAUGAGAAUAAGGGGGCUGAGGUCUACACCAAUGGCAGUGCUGGACACAUGAAUGGCACCGAGCUGACCAGGAUGAAGGAAGUAGCAUUUGAAAAGAAUCCUUCAGAGCCAAUGGGGGUCACUCUGAAGCUGAACGACAAACAGAGGUGCACUGUGGCCAGAAUAUUACAUGGCGGUAUGAUCCAUAGACAAGGGUCCUUACACGAAGGGGAUGAAAUAGCAGAAAUCAACGGGAAAAGUGUAACGAACCAAUCUGUAGACCAGCUACAAAAGAUUCUGAGAGAAACCAAUGGAGUAGUCACGAUGAAGAUAAUUCCCAACCUGCAGAGUCGAUCCCGAGCCUGUGAGAUGUACAUGAGGGCCCAGUUUGACUAUGACCCCACCAAGGAUGAUCUCAUCCCAUGUAAAGAGGCAGGGCUGAAGUUUCAGACUGGUGACAUCAUUCAGAUCAUCAACAAGCAGGAUCCAAACUGGUGGCAAGGCAGAGUGGAGAGCAAUGCUGCUGACUUCGCUGGACUGAUACCCUCCCCAGAGCUCCAAGAAUGGAGGGUGGCAAGUAAAAGCAAGGCCAGAGAAGGCAGUCAAUCCUGCAGCCCAUUUGGAAAGAAAAAGAAGUGCAAAGACAAGUACCUGGCUAAACACAGCUCUAUUUUUGACCAGCUGGAUGUGAUUUCCUAUGAGGAGGUUGUGCAACUCCCUGCUUUUAAAAGGAAAACACUUGUGCUCAUUGGUGCACCUGGUGUAGGAAGGAGCCAUAUCAAAAAUGCACUCUUGACCAGAUAUCCAGAGAAAUUUUCCUACCCUGCACCACACACCACCAGACCCCAGCGUAAGGAUGAGGAAAAUGGACAGGAAUAUUAUUUCAUCUCCAAUGAAGCCAUGACCAAGUCCAUCUCUGGGAAUGAACUACUGGAGUAUGGCAGCUUCCAGGGAUAUAUGUUUGGCACCAAAAUUGAGACCAUCCAGAAGAUCCAUGAGCAGGGAAAAAUUGCUUUGCUGGAUAUAGAACCACAGACCCUGAAAGUCUUGCGGACUGCUGAUUUUGCACCUCUUGUGGUGUUCAUUGCUCCGACCAACACAGCUCCACAGACGGAAAACCUGCAGAUGAUCCAGAAAGAGUCGGACGCCAUUCAGACCACAUACGGACACUUCUUUGACGUGGUCCUCGUCAACAACGACGUAGAUGAGAGUGUGAAAGGUGUGGAGGAGGCCAUGGAGCGUGCCACCUCCACCCCACAGUGGGUGCCUGUGUCAUGGGUGUACUGACACACCAGAUUGACACCUUUAUGUUUGUUGAAAAGCAGUGCAAUAUCACUCCCUACACGAAACCUCCUGGUUAGUGAUGUCCCAGGUGUGUAUGGGUUUACUUUUUGGUUAAUGUUAAUUGUCAGUGACAAUUUUUUUUUUUUUUUUUGCACAAAUGCAUCCAAAAAAAAUAAGCAAUAUGUAGAAAGGUUUAUUUUAGAAAGUUGAGGACUUCACCAGGGAUGUUUUUCUGUUUGUUUAGACGUGUGUGCUUCAGGUUUUUGAGGGAUUAAGGGAUAGUUUCAGUGCCGCACACCUUUGUGAUUGUUGGAAUGUGACUAAAUGCAAAAUAGGACCACAACUGUGAAAUGCUCACUUUGAAAUAACAGGAUUCUAUCAUGUUAAACAUUGAUUCUGCAUUCAUUGCCUUUUUUUCUGUUCUCAUGAGAUCGCCCCAUGAAAUUGAGAUUCUGAAAUCAUUUGUUCAUUUGUAUGUGUAACUCCAUAGAGUGACCGCCUCACUUGUCUUAUCAAAGUUGUAUACCUCAUGGGAUACUGUAAAGGCACUUUUAAACAGAAAAUAAAUUUCCCUGCUCUGUUGCA